AUGCCCGGUUGGGCUGUAGAAACAAAUGAAAGCAAGCGUAUUGCUAACGACGUUAUCCUUAUUAUUUGGGACGAAGCACCAAUGACCCCAAGGUUUGCUUUGGAAGUAGUAGACAGAUAUCUUAAAGACAUAACGAACAAGAACGCACCCAUGGGGGGAGAAUGUUGUGUACUCGGAGACUACAAUAUGCGCGCACGACAACAUCCUAAAAUUAUAGCCGAACUGGACAACCGCACAUAUUCCCAAUGGUUGUUGGAUUUGGGAAACGGAACAAUACCGUACACUACUUCAAGUGCUAAAGCUAUAAUCGAAGGCAGUCGCGCACCACAAGAUUUAAUACAAAUUCCACGAACGUUUCAAUUGGGUAACAUCGACCGAUUGAAGAAUUUGUUUUUGACAACGAUGACGUCAACAGGAGCAAUGGCAAUAAAGCUAUCCUAUAUCCUACGAAUGCGGCAGUGGCCCAUGUGA